CGCUACACAUCAAUCGUGUCUUGGCUUGCGGUUUGAGAUUGUUUACAUCCAAUCAAACAAGUAAGAAAGAAAGUGGCCCACUGCAGAAAUGGACACCGCUAAUCAGCUUGCAUCUGUGGGGACAUUUCAAGUGCUUAAAUUACCUCUGGGAUUUAUCCGUGUUUUGGAAUGGCUCUUUGCCAUUUUUGCAUUUGCAACAUGUGGGGGCUACUCUGGGCAGCUGCGGGUUAGCGUGGACUGCAUGGAGAAGGCCAGCAGCAACCUCAGCAUCGGCAUCGACUUUGCGUAUCCUUUCAGGUUGUACCAGGUGUCCUUUGAAGCGCCCAUAUGUGAGGCCACGAGGAGGGAGCGCCUGUUCCUCAUUGGAGACUAUUCAUCCUCAGCAGAGUUUUUCGUCACCAUUGCGGUCUUUGCCUUCCUGUAUUCCCUCGGUGCCACUAUUGUCUACAUCUUCUUUCAGAACAAGUACCGCGAAAACAAUCGAGGACCGCUCAUUGAUUUUGUUGUGACUGUGGUGUUUUCCUUCAUGUGGCUGGUCAGUUCUUCUGCUUGGGCCAAGGCUCUGUCUGAUGUCAAAAUAGCCACUGAUCCAGAUGAGGUGCAGCUCCUCAUCUCUGCCUGCAAAGUCCAGACCAACAAGUGCGGUUCUGUGCAGGGACCACGCUGGUCCGGACUCAACACCUCAGUGGUCUUUGGGUUCCUCAACUUUGUUCUAUGGGCUGGCAACAUCUGGUUUGUCUUCAAGGAGACUGGUUGGCACAAGGGUGCUUCAAGGAUCACAGGCGGAGCAACUGAGAAACAAGCCGGCACCUUUAACCAGCAGCCCUACAACCAGGGGAGCUUUGACCAGUCAGGGAGCUACAACACCCAGGGAAACCUCGGCCAGCCGUCUGAGUACAGCCCGGUUGGAGGGCCUACCUCCUACUCCAAUCAAAUGUAGCCAUGCCUUUUCAUUUCCUGUGUGGCACUUCUGCAUUUUAAACAGGGCAAUCAGGGGUGAUAGGGGGUUAAUUUUCAACCUCUGCUCAGUUUGUCAUCAAUGGGUCAUAAACACAUAAAAAAAGAUGGUCAUAUGAAAGAAGGUGUCAAAGGAAGUAGUUGGAAGUAGUCAGCUGAUACAAAGUACACCCAUUGUACAUACAAGUAUUGUUGGGUCUUGUACAAAAUGAUUACAUAUAGUCUUUUAUUCCUUCUCUUUUAAAGGUGUUGUUUGCUGAAUGUUGUACUUCUUGUAGUGACAGUUUCUCUCUCUGUGCUUGGUAAUUGACAUUCACUGUUUCGACUGGAUGUCUUUUUCAAACUGGUUUGCAGUCUGCCGUGAAGUGCUCUAUGUUUGUAUAAUUCUUCAAGUUUCUAAAAUGGUGUUGACAAGUGCAUGAUGUGUCUUUAUAUGCUCUCUGUGAAACUAGUUAAAAAAACAAAAAAAACAUGCAAUUUAUCUAUGAAAGUUUACAAAAUUCAAACUGCCCAGGCACAUUACUUUAUUUAGGUGAGUAUUAUUACCUUAUUUUUUAAGCUAACAGGAAGUAUAUUUUGAUAAUGGGCAUUUCUAAUUCAGAUAUAGAUUCAUAUCAUAUAUAUUCAACAUACUUUAGUGACG